ACCAAUAAAGCAAUCCAACUAUGCCGUCAGAACAUUCCCGUUCUUCCUCGGGCUCAUCGGCAACUUCGUAAUUCUAACAAUGAACAACUUUUAGACGCCAUUAAUGCACGCUUAAGUAGUCAAUCAAAAGAAAGAAAUCGUGAAAAAAGCACUUCGAGAGCCAGAAGCUCCUCACGAGGAAAAAGUCCUGCAAGGAAAUCUGACAAACGAGGUAAAAGUCCGUCUCCUGGGCGCAAAAGUCCCUCAGGCGAAAAGCUUUUGAGUACUUCAAAAAAUUCGGGUUCUAAUAGAUCUAGAAGUCCAAGUCCUCGUCCAAAAAGUCCUGGUCGUAAUAAUUCGUCACGUUCAAAAAGUCCCCGCAGUAACCAUAAUAGAGCGGGAAGUGAUAAUUCAAAUAAUAAAUCUAAUUCUCAGGAUGCUCGUGUAGGAUUAGGCAGUAAAAUUUUACAUCCAUGGGUUGCCCCUUCCCUCAAUUUAAACGGUGAAAAGAACAAUUCAAAAAGUGCGAAUCGAUUAAGUCUCCCAAUUUUUCCUGAUAACGCUAGUUUAAACGCCAUGCGUGAAAGGAAUGAAAUAUUGGCUUCAAAAUUAAAUCUCGUCCCAUCUGAAAGCAAAGGAAUGGGUAAUUUUUCUAAACCUAUUAACAGCCUUAGAGUCUCUGUCACGCGUCCAAAACUUCAUGUUGAAACUUUCAGUCAAUUACUUGGAAGCAAAGCCAUGCAAAGAACUCAAUCAAGUCAACGUGUUGGAAAAAAUAAUGAUUCUCCAUUAGUGAUCGCUGGUCUUCCUUUAAACCGGUCUAGGAGUCAAAACGCUGCAAUGGAUGCCAAUAACACUACUUUACCUGCUUCAUUUUUGAAGGAAUUAGAAAAAACACAUCCUCUUCAACAUUCUUGGACGAUGUACUAUGAUAGCAAGCCAGUUAUGACUCCUGGCCCUAAAACACCAACAGGAAUGUUAUCAUAUGAAGAAAAUUUGCAGACUAUUGAUAAAAUUAAACCAAUGUGGGAAGACCCUGCUAAUGCUAAUGGUGGAAAAUGGGUAAUCUCUAUGAGAAAUCCCCCAUUGCUUGAUCGAUGUUGGACUUGGCUUGUAUGUGCUUUGGUUGGUGAAGAGUUAGAUGAAAAUGAUGAUAUCUGCGGAGCAGUAAUGUCUCGCAGGAUUAGAGGGGAUCGUAUUGCCGUAUGGGUUCGGGAUAAAGAUAAUGUUGGUGUAAUUAACGGAAUUGGUCGACGUCUAUUAAAAAUUCUUGAUUUACAAAAUGAAAAGGGAAUCGGGAUGGAUUUCCAGUAUAUUAAUCUUUCCUCUAAAUAUUUGCAGUUCAAUGAAGAUGCAUUGAAAUCUGGUACAUCGUAUAAUAAUCGUGUAUACUUAUCUCUUGAAAGUCUUAAACAAGAAUUAGAAAAUGAAGAGAAGGCUAGAUUAGAAGAACUUGCUAAAUCUGCAAAAAGACAAAGCAUAACUUUUGAUGACUCCAAAACUGAUACUACUGUAACAACUCCAGAUAUUGUCACUAUAGAUGUGGACGCUGAAAUAGACGCUGCUAAUGCUAAAACUGAAUUGUCUGAUAAAAAUAAUAAAGAAAAUGGGGAUGAUCGGGUUGAUAAUAACGAUGAAAAUGAAAAGGGGGAAGAUACCAAUAAUAAAGAAAACGGUGAUUGUCAAAAUGAUUAA